GUUCCCACUUCAACUAUGGCGGUGCUCGGCGUGGGGCUGUUGGGCCGCUUGCCCCUCCGUGCUCAGAGAGGCCACAUCCCGCGCCCCGUGCACAGGCUUCUCAGUUACCCAGGGACUGUGGCCACGCACGCCAGGAGAGAAGAGGAGCCCUCGGCGAGCGUGGAGACAGGUUCUGAAGAUGGCACUCCCAAGAAGAGAUUCUCUGAGUUACAGAAAGAAAGACAGGAACAGGCACAGCGCACUGUUUUAAUACACUGCCCAAAUAAACUUAGUGAAAAAAAGUUUCUUAAAUAUUUAUCCCAACAUGGAUCUAUUAAUAAUCACUUCUUUUAUGAAAGCUUUGGUCUUUAUGCUGUUGUAGAGUUUUGUCAGAAGGAGAGUGUAGCUUCUCUGCAGAGUGUAACUCGUACUCCCAGCCUGGGCACAGAGGCUGCAAUUCCAUUCCGAUCGCGUUUCUUCAAUUUAAAGUUGAAAAGUUCCUCGAGCCAGACAUCUGAACAGCCAAGUGUCCAGUGUAGUAAUCAGUCCCCACCAUCAAACAAGAAGCUUUUUGAAUUACUUUGCUGUGCAGAAAGUGUAGAUGAUCAGCUGCACACACUCCUAAGGGAGUUCCAGCUCACGGAGGAGAACACUAAGCUCCGGUACCUCACCUGCUCGCUCAUCGAAGACAUCUCGGCUGCCUAUUUCCCAGAAUGCACAAUCAGACCCUUUGGCUCUUCGGUGAAUGGUUUUGGGAAAUUAGGUUGUGAUCUAGACAUGUUUUUGGAUCUAGAUGAAAUUGAAAGAUUAGGUGCUCCGAAGACCUCAGGAAAUUUUCUAAUGGAAUUUCAAGUGAAAAAUGUUCCUUCAGAAAGAAUUGCCACUCAGAAGAUCCUGUCUGUGAUUGGAGAAUCCCUGGACCACUUUGGCCCUGGCUGUGUAGGCGUACAAAAGAUAUUAAAUGCUCGCUGCCCACUGGUGAGGUUCUCACACCAGGCCUCUGGAUUGCAAUGUGAUUUGACCACCAAUAAUAGGAUUGCCUUAAAAAGCUCAGAACUCCUUUAUAUAUAUGGUGCCCUGGACUCCCGAGUGAGACCCUUAGUGUUCAGUAUCCGGUACUGGGCGCGAGCACAUUCCUUAACGAGUAGUAUUCCUGGUGCUUGGAUCACAAAUUUCUCUCUUACAAUGAUGGUCAUCUUUUUUCUCCAGAGAAGAUCACCCCCAGUUCUUCCAACAUUAGACUACCUGAAAACCCUGGCGGAUGCAGAAGACAAGUGUAUAAUAGAAGGCCACAACUGUACAUUUAUUUGUGACUUGAAUAAAAUUACACCUUCAAAAAACACAGAAACACUAGAAUUACUACUGAGAGAAUUUUUUGAAUAUUUUGGAAAUUUUGCUUUCAAUAAACAUUCUAUAAACAUCCGACAGGGAAGGGAACAGAACAAACCUGAAUCUUCUCCUCUGCACAUUCAGAAUCCUUUUGAAACUUCUCUCAACAUCAGUAAAAAUGUUAGUCAAAGCCAACUCCAGAAAUUUGUGGAUCUGGCCAGAGAAAGUGCAUGGAUUUUACACCAGGAAGGUAAAGAUUGUCCUUCGCCAUCGGGAAACCAGCCAUGGGGGCUGGCAGCGCUGCUACUUCCGUCUGUGGCAAGCAACAUGUCUCUUGCCAAGAAGAAAAAGAAGCCUGCAAGUGAAAGAAUUAAGAGCUUGUUGGAAUCCAUAAAAAGCACUAAGAGUACAGAAAAUUCCACAGUCACCAGUGGGAAAAGAACAGUUAGUACUCAGGCAUGAAGGCUGCACCUGUGCUGAGUCUGAAAGAACUGACUUUGUCCUGCCAGGAGGAUCUGGUAUGGACCUUUGCCACAUCUCAACUUGCAUCUGAUACCAUUUUCUGUCAUCUUUUUAAUGGGCCUCUUUACUUGGUUUGAUGUUCUGGGAUAUUUUUGAUCUGAUCAGUCUGAUACCUGGUGACACUUUAUUAAAAUAGCAAUCAUGAAGAUGGAAAUGUACUUUAAAAUAGAUAACUCACCAAAGUGGUUAAAAUGAGAUUUAGAAUUAAACCAUUGUUGAUUGGCUCAUCUUCCCUGGGUGUAUUUUAAAAGACUUCUAGAUAUGUACAUAUUGUAGACAAUACAAUAAAGCGUCAAAAUAUGAUACUCCUCUUAAAAAUGUAUUUUUGUAUUCUUCACACAGGGUACUCCUAAUCACAUAAAUUAGGACAGGUUGGUUUGACUUCCAAAAAUGUUCAGGUUUUUAGAAGAUUUAAAGACAGACAUUUAACUCACUAUAUUCUGAUUUUCUAAGCCAGAUAUGUAAAAAUAUGGUACACUGUAUUUUUAAAGUUUUUUAAAAAAUUUUAAAAAUAAAAUCUUGUUUAUCUAAAA